CCCAAGAGCCCACUUUCUCCCGCGCCUGAGCCUUCUCACCCGCUGGGUUGUCUGACAAGAUGUGAGCUGUCACUCGUGUGGUGGAAAAGGAAGACAGAAUGAGCAGCUGUAUCCCGGCCUGACUCCGAGACGCACUUCAUGUCUAAUAACCAGCAGCAGCUCAGCAGCUUCAUUCGGGGGAAGAAACCCUGAGAGUUAGAAGCUCCGAGGAGGCCCCGUUCCCACGUGUCCCCGGGGGAGGAACAGACACGAAAAGAUUUACAAGAUGCCCUAUAUUAAAAGGGAGAUGAAAGAAAAACAGGAGUGGAGAUGAACUGGAACCUGAAAUGAGGCUAGAAAUGUGUAAAAUGUAAACCUCGACCACCCAGAUGCUUGCACAGUUGCCCGAGUGGGGCUGCAAAUGAAGAGCUGGACACGCCCCUUAAAGAGGGUGACUCCCUUCUGAGAAGCAGGAUCCCUUCCUACAAGGAAAGGCCUUGUCUGAGGAGAAUAUGAAAGUGUUACUCAGACUUGUUUGUUUCAUAGCUCUGCUGAUUUCUUGUCUGGAGGCUGAUAAAUGUAAGGAACGUGAAGAACACAUAAUUUCAGUUUCAUCUUCAAAGGAAAUUGAUGUUCGUUCCUGUCCUCUUAACCCAAAUGAAAAGAAUGGCACUAUAAUUUGGUAUAAAAAUGACAGCAAGACACCUAUAUCUGCAAAACAAGAUACCAGGAUUCAUCAGCAUGAGGAUAAACUUUGGUUUGUUCCUGCUGAGGUAGAGGAUUCGGGACAUUACUAUUGUGCUGUAAGAAAUUCAUCUUACUGCCUCAAAAUUAAAAUAACUGCAAAAUUUGUGGAGAAUGAGCCUAACUUAUGCUACAAUACGCAAGCUAUAUUUACACAGAAACUACCCAUUGCAGGAGAUGGAAGACUUGUAUGCCCUUAUUUGUAUUUUUUUAAAGAUGAAAAUAAUGAGUUACCCAAAAUACAGUGGUAUAAGGAUUGCAAACCUCUGUUUCUUGACAAUGUGCACUUCAGUGGAGUCACAAAUCAACUCAUCAUGAGGAAUGUGACGAAAGAGCAUGAAGGGAACUACACUUGUCACGCAUCUUACACAUACUUGGGAAAGCGGUAUAACAUCACCCGGGUAAUAGGAUUUGUUACUAUGGAGGAAAAUAGACCCACGCGGCCUGUGAUUGUGAGUCCAGCUAAUGAGACGAUGGAAGUGGUCUUGGGAUCCCAGAUGCAAUUGAUCUGCAAUGUCACUGGCCAGGUGAAAGACUCUGUCUAUUGGAAGUGGAACGGGUCCUUCAUUGAUGAAUAUAAUCCGGUGCUGGUGGAAGAUUAUAAAAUUCUGGAAAAUCCUUCAAACAAAAAAAGAAGUACAGUCAUCACAAUGGUUAAUAUUUCAGAAGUUCAAAGUAGAUUUUAUCUAUAUCCAUUUGUCUGUUUAGCCAAGAACACAUAUGCCAUGAAUGUAGCAUAUAUUCAAUUAAUACAUCCAGUCCCUGAUUUCCAGGAGCAUACGAUUGGUGUGUUUGUCACAUUAAUAGUCAUAAUUACAUGCUCUGUUUUCAUCUAUAAAAUCUUCAAGGUUGACAUCGUGCUUUGGUACAGGGAUUCUUGCUAUUAUUUUCUCAUGAAAAAAGCUUCAGAUGGAAAGACCUAUGAUGCAUAUAUACUAUAUCCAAAAACCGUUGGGGAAGAGUCCACCUCUAACUCAGAUAUUUUUGUGUUUAAAGUCUUGCCUGAGGUCUUGGAAAGACAGUGUGGAUACAAGCUGUUUAUUUAUGGAAGGGAUGACUACGUUGGGGAAGACAUUGUUAAGGUCACUAAUGAAAACGUAAAGAAAAGCAGAAGGCUGAUUAUCAUUUUGGUCAGAGAAAUAUCACGCUUCAGCUGGCUGGGCAGUUCCUCAGAAGAGCAAAUAGCCAUGUAUAAUGCUCUCGUUCAGGAUGGAAUUAAAGUUGUCCUGCUUGAGCUGGAGAAGAUCCAAGACUAUGCGAAAAUGCCAGAAUCCAUUCAGUUCAUUAAGCGGAAACAUGGGGCCAUCCGUUGGUCAGGAGAUUUUACAGAGGGACCGCAGUCUGCAAAGACAAGGUUCUGGAAAAACGUCAGGUACCACAUGCCAGUCCAGCGGCGGUCACCUUCAUCCAAACACCAAUUAGUGUCCCCAGACACUCUGCCAGAUUCUAAGGAGAAACUGCAAAGAGAGGUUCACGUGCCUCUGGGGUAGCGGAGAAGCUCGGCCCAGGGUUCUUUGGGUCAUGCUGUAUUGUGGCAUUGUGGCUGGGCCGUGCCUUCUGCUGACCUCUGCAGUCAUAAAAUGUACCUGUCUAGUCCGUUAUCCCCAAGGUCACCUGGAACCAGAUCAUUAAGGGAGCAGGAUGUGCUGUCAGUAGAAGGCCAGGGCAAUUCAGAGCAGAGGGCUUGGGAAGGCCUUUAAAAAGAGUGACAAAUAUCCUGGCUGAAUGUCUGAACUGCUGGGAAAAGGCACCGAGAUGGCCGGGGCCCUGUCUGGGGAACCCAUAGAGUCCCUGGCCCUGGAGUGGCUCUCCCGGGCAGUGCAGUGAGACCGACACCUCACAGAGGAAGAUGGACGUGUCCUUGGACAAUUGCCAUUCGCUUGCAUUUCCAUAGGCAUCUGCAGCCAAUGCCCAGUUUUGGAAGACCACAUUGCAUUUCAUAGACCUUGGAAAGUGUCACCUCGGUGAGCAAAGGGGUUCUCCAGGAUCCCGAGGUUUGGAAAUCACCUUGUCUUUCUGCAGGACAGAGCCUUCAAAGCAACACAGCCGCUGCUGAAGCAGCCCCUCGCUUCCUUGCAAGGACGGCUGCGGGUGGCUUCCUCCCCGGCUGCCACAGCCGGCCACGGCCGUCCCCCGUAGGACACCGUCGAGUCCUGCCUCUGCCGCAGGCCUGCGAGGGGCUCCUGUUCUGGACCGUGCCACCCGAGUCCUCCCUCCGCGGGUCACCCCGCCGCUGUCACCCCACCCCGACUCCUCCACCUGUCCCCUCCCCGUGGACUCCGGGGUCAGCCUCGGCCCUCGCGCCCGCCCCCGCUGCCUCCGACCGGAUCUCCGGCCGCGCUUUCCCCAGCUGCCCGCAAGAUACUGACGUUCUAAAUGUGUCCCAACUGCACAGUCCCCGAGAGACGUUCCCUCGGAGACUCCGGUCGCGUGGGGGCGGCUGUCCCCUCUGCAGCCCGAACCUGCGCCCCUGACGGGCUGUGCGUCUCUCUCUGUCCCUCGCUGCCGCCACACGUCAUUUGCACACAGGACACAUAUUUGCAUGGCGCUUCACUGUUGAAAAAUGUCUCAGAUUAUGUUGUUUCAUUUUCUCAAUUAUUCUAAUUUUAGAGAGAAAGAAAGUGACCUAUUUAAAAAGAAAAAUCACAGUCUUCUGUUGGACCUUGGACUUGAAUCUCCAUUUCUGGCUUCGUGUCCAAUGCUCUGAAUACUCAGUUUCAGGUCAAUAACUGUCCCCCUGACUCCCACCUUGGCACUUUUGUGACACGAAAUGAUAAUCUUCUAGGAGGUGACUCAGUCUAGGAAUGCUUUUAUUUAAGAAACCCAAUUCCAAACUUUUGAGUGCUGAAAUUUACAAAAAUUGUUUAUAUUUUAUAAGAACUUUCCUACUUUUAUAUUAUUUUCCUAAACAUAAAUAUUUCAUAGUCAAUUAUAAAAACGAAAGCAAAUUGGUUUUUUUUGGUAUAGAAAAAUGUAUUUUUAAAAUUUGAUCAUGGUCCUCGGGACAAUUUGAGAAAUGCGAAAAACCGCAAAGCCAAGUUUAUGUGCCACUUUUUAAAGGACACAUGCACCGUUUUAAAAGUUAUGAAUGUGGAUGGGCCUUCUGGUUUUUACAUUUUUCAUAUCUAAUAUUAUGGGUGAACACAAACUUUUAUUUGGGAGAAUUUUUCUCCCCUAAAGUAAUCAGAGCUAGAUAGAGUCACACAGUUCAAAGUUUUGACUCUUUCCUUUCUACCUGUUUUCUCCUGGGUCUGAUUUGACAGCAUUGAGUAGCAGUGCUGCUUUGCAGCUGCUGUUCUAAAAGAAAGGGCCUAGUUUUCAUUUGGCAGCACACACAGACUACUGCCAGAAUUAGAGGUAUUGUCACACCCUAAAAGGCCGAAUAUUUAAAAUUUUAAUUUUGCUGAUGAUUUUUAGCCUGUCAUCUAGAAAAUAUUUUUGCAGGCAUAGUGCCAAGAAGGCAAGCCAAUUCUGAAACAACACUUGGGAUAAGGUGGGGGGAUCGACUAAGAAUUAUAAGUAGCAUGGCACCUGGAAUUUAGGGAGAGGCAACGGUAUAAGUCUGGGUGGAGAGGAUCCCGCACAGGAAAGUGCAAGGUCAUUCCCCAUGUCCCAAGGGUAUUCCAGAGGACAAAGCUGCAUUCCUAGACUUCCCCCUUGAACUUCCUUUGACUUAUUGUCCCUCCCCCUAAAUCUUUUUAAGCUCUUUCUGUCAUGCCUUCCCCAUUAAUUAGAUUUUAUUGCACUUUCUGAUGGUAUUUUUUAAGUUAGCCUAAGUGCUGAGAAAGACUUUGCAAAUGCAACAAAGUAUUUAAUUACCAGUUGUUAAAACUGGUUUAGCAGAAUUUAUAUUUCCUUCUACCUUUUUUAUUUGUGAUAAAAGAAAAGGUAUUGAGCCAUAUUUUAAUGAUAUUUUUGAUAAAUUAUGUUUGCACUGGUUAAUGAUGAAGGGGUUUUUAAAAAACUUGUUUGUAUAAUUCUGCAGCAGACACCAAAUAUUUUUAUAUAUUAAAACACCAAAUUUACAUAGAGCAUGCAUCAUUGA